UAAAGGGCCCCACAAAACAAGGCUUACUCUAUCCCGCUCUCAACUACCGCACAGGAAACUACCCCUAAGCUCAAAUCUCCUUACCUUUCUCCAUUCACAGAAACGAAAACUACAACGGCCAUGUGGAGAAUCAGUGGGCUUUCUAUGACUUACCUUCUGGUGCUACUUUGUGCAUUACUACUUACAAAUGAAGUUAAGUGCCAGGAGGACGUCACAGAUCCACCUGCUGCACCUUCAGCUCCAGCAGAUGCGGGUGAUGCAGAUGAUGCGGGUGAUGCGGCGGCUGCGUCUGACGUGACACCUGCCCCCGAUGCUGCAGACUCCAGUGCGGCAAACAACGCUGAGACUGUGGCCCCUGGAGACGCCUCUGCCACUGUCGCAAUGCCCGGCCCAACUAUUGCUCCAGCUGUAAAGGCCGCUGCAACAGAACUGCCUCCUGUCAAGCCUGAAGUGAAGUGUGUGGGAAAAGAGGACAUCACUGAAAGUAAAGCAGUCAAGGCCAUUGUGACAACAAGUGACUGUUCGGUGACCAAGAGCAUCAUUGAAGAGGCGCCUGCAAACUGGUGCAGUAAAGAGCCCUGCAAGAUCAACGUCUUCCAAGACGCCAAAACGGUGCUCCUGAGCAGUGAGGACGCCAGUUUGAGCUCUCUGGCCUCAGCUCUCCAAAGUGAAAAGGUAAAAGAAAAGCUGGGUGUGACGGACAUGAAGACCCCUUCCUCUGGCCCGUCUGUGUUCGUGGGGAUCCUGAUCAGUGGUCUGCUGGCUGCUGUGGGUCUCACUGUGGGAUACUUCAAAUGUCAGCGUAGACCCAGCCCCAAAGGAGAGCGCUUGGCGGAGGAGGGCACCCCGGUCGACCACCAGGCUAGCACCCUGGCAUCGGACGCCCCCCUCAACCCUCCCCCCGAGACCCCCGAAAAGCCCAGCGCCAACGGAGAGGCACCCGAAGGAGACAAGACCCAGCCCCCCCCCACCAACGGCCACUCUACCCCCGCUAAUACUGCCGACACUGAGCUGUGAAAACCUCCACCACAACACACUUCACAACUACAACUACAGUUAUCACAGUUUCACUACUUCAGCACUGCAGGUUCAUUAAAAGGCUCGUUUAUAUUCAAAUUCAGGGGUUUGUGACACUCGCUUGUCUACAUGGAGCUGUAAUUGCUUUGUCCGGCAGUGUAUGAAUCUAUCUCCAUGGAGACGAGCACGCGAUACGACUACGCCAAUUUACAGGUCAGAUCUGCGGAGAGAUGGCCCCACUCAAUAAAAACAGCUGUAUUUGAAUGCAGGAUAUAUAUACGUUUUGUGCUAUUUUGGAACAUUUCAGGCAAUGCAACAACAUCUCCAUGGAGACAAUCGGGAGCAGACCUGCCCAACAGAAAAGUUACACAGUGGCAAGUUUAUUUGUAUAGCACAAUUCGUACACAAAGUAAUUUAAAGUGCCUCACAGAAUAAGAAAGACAUUAAAAUCACACAAAUCAAAACAUAAAAAUCACAAAUAAUCAUCAUGAAAUUGACACUAAAACAGUGCAUCCUUAAUUUAAUAAUUAUUGUAACUACAGAUGAAGAUUUGGCUACCAAUUUGCAAAAAAGACCUAUCCAACCACCAACUACUCACCUCACACACCACAUUCAUACACAGACAAGGCUCAGGAAGUGCCUUGCCAACAGACACAAUACAAGUAUGCCCAGCGCUGGCAUUGAACCACCAACCUUCCAGUUUUGCACCACUUUACCGCUGAGUUUAGAGUAUAAAUGAGCCUUUAAAGUACAGCCGCUUAUGUCUUCCUUUGGCUCCGUGCCUGUAUAAACAUUACAGUGGAGAUAGUGAGGGGCCUCGUGAGUUACGGCUGUGACGGAGCAGACGUGUCCCUCGGGUGGGUGACUCCAGAGGGGUUGGAUGGGCUGACGUGGGUGGGUCAGGGUGGAGACUGGACAUAGAAAAGUGUUUAUUAUUAUGAUUAAUGACUUCGACUGCCUCUGGAGUCUAUGGGUUCUGUGCUGUUAACACCCAAAACUAGGGCUGUGUAAUUUUUGGAGGAAAAAAAUCGCAAGUUUUCGAAGUAUUGGAGCUGUGAUUAGACUUGCAGUAUGUGUUUUAAAAAGUAGUUCUGUUCAGAGUGCACAUUGUAAACAACUCCAUGAAAUAUGAGCUGAUAAACUAACAGCCUUUGGGAUUUAAUUGUGCCAACUCAAACUGCUUUUCUGAUUCAGUUGCGAUUAAUUGUGCAGCCCUUUUCCCAAAACAUCAGGGAGUAACACAGCCUGACCGUACCACAACUCUACAACUUAAAGGUGCACUGUGUGACUUUAUUGGAGGGCAUACCACGUUUGCAUGGAGAUGUCAUUGCAUUGAUUGGAAUGCUACACAGUACGGCAUUAAAUUUAUCUACACUGCCAGUCAAAAGUUUGGACACACCCUCUCAUUCAGUAGUAAGUAAAGAAAAAACUGUGUGUAUUUAAAAUGUAGAAAGUACUUAAAAUAAAGGAAAAAAUAAAAAACAUUGAAUGAGAUGGUGCGUCCAAACUUUUCACUGUUAGUGUAUCUCUAUGGUGACAAGCCGGUGACACCAUAGGCCAAGUUACAGGUCAGAUCUGUGGAGAUGCAACCCUAAUAACAGUAAGAAUCCAUGUUUCUGAAGGUAUUUUAUUAUAUAUCAUUGAGUAUAUUCAUGAUAGAGAACCAUAAUGCCACGUGGAACAUUCUAAGCAAAACAAUGCAAACGGCAAUGCAUACAAAAUACCAGAAAAGUGACAUAGUACACCUUUAAUAUACUUGAAUGUGCCCAGCUGUCCAAAACAAAACUUCUAAUUUAAAAGCUGCAACAUUUUAUUUUUGCUUCUCCUCACGACAAUUAUAUUUUGACUUGAUUAUUGAUACAUUUAUUCAUCUUGACGUCCCUAUUUACAAGAUACACGGCACUUGGACAGAUAUAGGAAAACACCACACUGCCUUGAAUCUGUUUACAAACAUUUGGCUUGACUCUGUAAGUAUGUUCAUGAGUGAUGCAUGAGCGUGUUAGCGUGUAAACCUGUUAAAGUCAUGCAUGGACUGUAUAUAGCCACACAUACACAUCUAGCUUCUGUUGCUGUUCGUACUGUAUGGACUACAUCAAUUUAGCACAAGUUGGAACACUGUGUGAAAUGUUAAAUAAUGGCAGAACUUUGUCAACAAUUGGCUCUGUGCAGCGUCACUGUUUGCGUCACUACUUCCUGUUCAGUUUUGUCUCUAUGGGGUUUUUUGGACACAAUCCAAGAGUGACCAAAUUAAUUAUGACAUAUAUAUAUAUAAAAUUAAAACAGCUAUUUUUUCAGGUGUUUCUGUAAAUGUUUCAUGGUUUCACUUUUUUUACCAACAAGGUCUCAUUUUAUUGACAUUAUACACAGCGCUCCAGUUUCUGUAUAAUUGUAAGUUGUCUGGACUAAUAUUGAGUGUGCUGUUUGAGAGUUCAUUGUUCAUGUGAUAUAUGCCUUGAAAACUGUAAAACAAAAAGAAAAAAAAGAAAAAAAGUGUGAGAUGGUGCAGAGGAGUCUUUGACGAGGAGACAAAUCUCCAAUGACUGAAAUCUACCAAACAACUUGACUCAAACUAAAACAAUAAAAGUGUCUUCGUCUCACCAGCUCUGCCUCCCUUCUAUCAGUGUUAAUAUGUCUUUAAAUAUAAUGUAUAUUCUUUUGUAUUUGAUUGGUUUGCAGUGGUGGUUUAUAUGUUGUUUUAACUCUGUACCACUUGUUACUGUGCGUGUUGUACCGAAGAAAGAAUUUGUAUUGCUUUACAAUCUUUGAAUACCAAAUUAAUCUUGCUAUCUUCCAAAUAUGACUUGUAAAUAAAAGCAGGAGUGAUAUCUUAACAGCAGAAGAUCUUUGUCCAAUGUGUUUCUCAUUUGAGUCUUUUGUAUCACUGUAUUGCUAACAUUCCUAUGCAACUAUUUGUUACAAUCAAUUGGAUGAAUAAACUGUCAAAAUAAAGAACUUUUUUUUAAA